AUGAAUCGAACAGAAGCACUCAAGAAAAUUCAAACUGCUUGUGGUUAUUCUUUCAAAAACAUUAAACUUCUGGAAGAAGCUUUAACACACGACAGUAAUCGAGUAAAUGAUCGUAGUGUACCUACAUAUCAAAGACUUGAAUUUCUCGGUGAUAGUGUGUUAAGUUUAGUGGUCAGUGAAUAUAUAUAUCGUACUAAUCAAGAUUUCAAUGAAGGUCAAUUGACAAAUAAACGAAAAGAGCUCACUGAAGCUGUGAAACAAAUACAAAUCGCCGAAAAACUCAAUAUCAAGGACUAUAUCACAUUCGGACAGAGUGUUCGAAGGGAACAAUUUUCUAAGUAUCACAGUUUUGUGGAAUCGUUAAUUGGUGCUGUUUAUAUUGAUGGUGGCUUAGAAGAAACACGUCGGCUUAUUCAUCGACUUUGGGAAUUGAGUGGCAAUACCAACGUAGCUGAUAAUCGCAAUGGCUGUGUAAUAUCAUAG